CGCCGGUCGAUUGCGUCUUACGAUAGUUCCUUGAGCGAUUGUUUGCAUGAGCAAAGGUACAAAUCGACUUCUAACAAGGUAAAAGUUUGCAUCUAGAAGUUCGAGUUGCGAGUGGCAAGCACAAGUAUCCAUUCCAACAUGAGAGUUGGAAUUCAGGUUUUGCAUAAAUGUUUAAAAUUUUGAACUUCCCCGAUCAUAGUCAGCAAGUUUUCAUUUGAUUCAGCAAUUCCCUUUGCUGAGUUAGCUAAAGCUCACGUGAUUGAGACAUCCUACUUACUCUUUCUAGAUUACUCAGAACGGUGUUCAGAAGCGUUCGGUGGAGUGAGAAAUCGUAACUGUAAGUGGUAUUUGGUAGUAGGUGAGCAGGCAACAACUACUAGCUAAUUUUAAAGGGCCAUCACAUGACCGCAGAAACUCGCGUCAGAUAAACCCUUUCAUAUAUGUUCGCAAUAAACGUAUAUUUUAAAUUUUAGAAAUUGUCUAGUUGUGCGAACGAAAGCGUUGCACAUUUAGAACAUGAUCAUUGCGGUUUAUUACCUGAGGCCCCUUUGGAAACACAUGCAUGACGCCUACAUUGACAUCUGAUCACUCUGUUGUCUACAAAUUCUUGUUUUGCAUAGGUUGCUGUGCCUGUGUGCCUGUCAGUUUGUAAUAUUAGAUAUUAAAUUGCAUUUCCUAAAAUUAGAGGUUGGAAUUCAACUCUGUUUUCUUUAAGAAAUGUACAAAAUAUCUAUCUUCAAUGUGUGCUGUUUGGUCUUGUCGCUGAGACUGUCAGUUGAAAACAAAGUGAAGGCAGAUAGAUGCUUUCAAUACAAAGAAUGUUGGAUGUGCGUUGAAGAUCCCUGCUCCAGACGUAAAGAAGCUGAAGAUGUCAACAACAUCUGUGUUUGGUGCGACAACUAUGGCAAUCUAGGCUCAGCGUGUAUUUCAACUCGAGAAGAUCGAAUGUGCCUCCCAGAACCGAUGAAGUAUGUGGAUCAGUGCAAGACCGAGCAAAGAAUGAAUGUUCCUACAGAUCCGAAAGUUACACCCUUCAUCACAGAAAACUACGUUGUCCAUCUUGAGGAUCUAAGAAAUGACAUUUUUGGCACAAUUCAAGCUGAAGUCGGAGUUCAAAACUUCCACGUAUGGAUAGCAAUAGGCAGAGUUGUAAACACUAAAUCUGUUGUAGACAAGUGCGGUAGCUACACGCCAAUAUCAGCAAUUGAAGUGGACGACCGUUUGCCGAGUUCACCACCCAUUGGCAGGAGAGAUCGAUGCUGGAAUCUCGGAAACAUUACAUCAGUUAGUCCAAUUCUUUUAGAUACCUCUAAUCCUCAACAAGGCAUUGAGCUCGAUUUUGGCACUUCGCCAUGUUGCUGUGGAUCAAGAAACACAACAUACAUCAACACUACUGUUCUUCUAAAGGAAGGUUAUUGUUCAUAUGAUUUUGUCAAUUCAUCAGUAACUGCAGGAAACAUUGCAAAGUUGACUAAUUGUUCAGAAAGUAACAGUUCCCUCCAGUUUUUAGUCCAGACUUCUGUGCUCUGUCAAAACCAUUUGGAAUGGCGUCUUUCAGUAAAAAUGACAACUGCGUUUUGUACAAAGAAAAUGCCGAAGGAAUACAGAUGUACAAUUGAGCUGAAAGCUGCUGCGAAGGAAGCAGUGAUUGCUUCAUCUUUUCCAUAUUGCCAAAACAAUUUCCUAUUGUGGAAAACGUUUCAUAACGGCAGUGAAGAGAACGCAUCUUCAUAUCAGUUGCCUUCUAGAAAAGGCAUUCGGGACUCUUGCAGCUUUGUUAUAGACUCGCACGACUUAUGCACUCUAUCUAUUGUUUAUCUUUACGGAAAUAACACACCUCAACUGAUACCAAUCAAUGGAUCUACUUCUUUUCAACUUAGUGUCUGCGAUCACUCAGAUGAACCAUUCUACAAGAAUUGGUGGUUUGGGCCUGCUCUAGGUGUAGGUGUAUUGUUCACUUUAGCUUUAGUCGUUGUUUUUGGAAUUUACAAAUGUCGGCAAGCUAAGAAAACGAAAUAUCAACGUCUCAAAAACAACGAUCACCCUGAACAAUCAAAAGUGGCUGUCGAUAGAAAACACCAGACGGAAUCAGCCACUCAUACUGAAACCGAGAAACCUUCCGCAUCUGCAAAUGACCAAAAUGUUGGAAAUACUGCUACAAAUGAGGAUUUAAGUGAAGGACAAGAACUCAUACACUCUGGGUUGCAGAGAAAUGCAACUGUAAUUAAACGAGUAGAAAGUAAAAUCGACCAAAUGUUAGAAGGACGUCAGACUGUCAACAGCAGUGACAACAGUACAUAAAUCUCUUGAACAUAGAUUUACUCUUAUGUUGGCUAGAUUGAUGAGUCGAACUAUGUCAUCCAGACUUUACAACUAUAGAAUCAACCUAUUAGCAUAACUUUUUACAUUUUCGUAUCAACGAUUGAUUUAUGCACAAUAUUUACCAUUAACCUCAUUUGAAUAAUUGUUGCUCAAAUUAA